AUGGCUGUCCCGCCUCGUUCAUCAAGUCUCAUGGCGACGAUCGGUUACCACAAUAUGGACAGCUAUGCACAGAAUGCCAUGGCACUAAAAUUCCCCGAGUCUCUAGAGGCUUCUAUCGAAGAGCAGAAUGAGAAGAAUUGCCGUUGGUCCCGUAUGAAGCGGAGAAUCGGCCGCUCGCUUGCGUCUCGCUCAAACAUCAGUGUCUCCUCUUUCAAAGCACUCUCCCCGAUCAGUGAGACUGACUCGGCGAAACACAGUAUCCGUGUUGCUUAUACUUCCUCUGCUGCCCCGUCAGCAGCAUGGGACAAUAAUAAGGAGUACACACAGCAGCUAAGCCAAGCCGUGAGCGGCCUCAAGAACGACUUUGUCUCUGGUGCCAGGGAGAUGGCCGACUCCGCCCUGUCAACACUUUCCUCUCUCAUCGUGACUGCGGCUUCAACAGCUGAGAACAAAAGCGAGCUGUGGCAAAUGGCAGUAUCCGCUGCAAAGGAGCUGUGCGCAGCAAGACCCAGCAUGAAUGCAGCCAUUACAUCGUGCCUGCUCAGGGCGCUUGACGAAGUCUUGCAGCUGUGGGAUAUGCUAGACGAGAAGCGAAGCAAAGCACCCGAAGACCUCGCAGCCAUGGCCAGGCGACAGCUAGUACGAAUCAUCGAGAAGAGGAAAGAAGCUGGUAUACGCUUGAGUGAGAACUUUGCCGAGCGACUGAGGGCUUAUUGCCGACAGCGCCUCAACAACACCCAUAACCUCACCAUCCUCACCCUCAGCAAUAGCAGCACCAUCCGGCACAGCAUCAUCACCACCCUCUCCACCCUCCGCUUCCUUUGCCUCACCCUCGUCAUUCUCGAAUCCCGUCCACGCUUCGAAGGCGCAAGCAUGGCCUCCCACAUCCUUUCUUCCUGCUCCGCCGAUGCUAGAGCCCGUCUGCACAUCCGCAUACUGCCCGACUGCGCGGUUGCUACAGCCGCCAGAGACGCUCAACUCGUCCUCCUAGGUGCGGACCGGAUCUCUGCAUCCGGCGACGUGAGCAACAAAAUUGGCAGCUUGGCUGCGGCAGUGUGUAUCAAGUCGCUGAAUGCGAAAGCACAGGUUGUGGCUGUUAGCGAUGCGGAUAAGAUUGUCGCAAAGGGGGUGGAGGAAGGUCAGAAGGAGGCGCAUCCCGAUAGCGAGAUGAUGGAGGCUUGGGGCGAUGAGACGAGGAGGAAAUUACAGGGCAGGAUCGAUAAUGGCAGUGUGGAGGUGUUUGGAGAGUGGUUUGAGUGGGUGCCGGCGGAGUAUGUGGAUGGGUAUGUGACCGAGUAUGGGACUUUGGAUGCAAAGGGAGUGGAGAGCAUUGCCGGUGAGGUGGGAGAGUUGAAGGAGAAGAUCUUUGGUUGA